CGGUGUUCGGUCCGGUCAGGUCUGCGCGCGCGGGGAUGAAGCUAGCCCCGGAUUGGUCUCGGUUUGCUGUGACGUCACGUGCCCGUGAAUAAGGGCGGCUCGCGCGCAUAGGGCGCAGCGCAGAUCAGAUCAGCUCGACAGGGCCGCGCGAGAGCCAACGUGAAAGAGAGAGUGAGUGACAGAGAGAGAGAGAGGUUGAGGGGAAGACGGUACACGCGCCUGUUUGCACAGCGAGAAAAACAACAAGAAGUCGAUGCAAAAUACAAUAUAACACGCGCACCUUGGGACGGAGAGGCACGUGCGCUUGCAAAAGUGGGACUUUAUGUUUUUUGGGGGAUUUCUGGCUGCUCUGACUGGAUCCAUGGACGCGUACACGAGCUUGUGCGUCUCCUCGCGCGUUACUGCUGCUGUUGCUGUCGUCCGAGACCGGUUGCAUUAGACGCGCCUUCGAAACCUUCAUCAUCAUCAUCACAAUUACCACCGUCAGCAUCCUCCUCUUUCCUCCAGCUCUUUCACGCCUACGGUGACGGCCAUGCUGCUUGUCGCGUAGCGUAGCGCGCGCCUCCUCUGUGGUGUAACGUCGCCCACGUGCUGUGGGCUUUUAUUUAUUUACGUGCACGCGAGAGAGAGAGAGGGAGCCAAAGAGGGGGAGAGAACAGACGGACAUGACGGAAGCUUUCACGCGCUUUGGCAACUACCUCACGCACGCGAGAAGCUCUGGCCUGCUUCCUCUGGAGCUUUUCCUUCUCCUGACCCGUGCAUCUUGACCACAUCUGCCCACAUCUGGCUGAUUGAGUGCAGUGCCCCACACAGCUGUUUGCAGAGACUUGUGCAGUGGAGUGCGUGCAAUUGGGGGAGGCUUGGAGUAAGGGGCAGUUGUCUCUUUGCACGUGUGUGUGAAGGUUUUCUCGCGCUGUGGAGGAGAACCAGAAAACAACAGCGGUACCACCAAACCAACCACAUCAAGCGAACCCCACUAAGCUCGAGCUAUAGCAGCGGUGGGAGCGCAUCCGGAGACGAUGGUCCACUGCGCGGGCUGCGAGAGGCCGAUUCUGGACAGGUUCCUGCUGAAUGUGCUGGACAGAGCGUGGCACAUCAAGUGCGUGCAGUGCUGCGAGUGUAAAUGUAACCUAACGGAGAAAUGCUUCUCAAGGGAGGGGAAGCUCUACUGCAAAAAUGACUUCUUUAGACGUUUCGGCACUAAGUGUGCGGGCUGUGCUCAGGGCAUCUCCCCCAACGACCUGGUGAGGAGGGCGCGGAGCAAAGUGUUUCACCUCAACUGCUUCACCUGCAUGAUGUGCAACAAGCAGCUGUCCACGGGGGAGGAGCUCUACAUCAUCGAUGAGAACAAGUUCGUAUGCAAAGACGAUUAUUUAAGCAACUCCAACGGGAAGGACACCAACCUGCUCUCGGUAACAGCCUGCAGUGACCCCAGUUUGUCGCCGGACUCGCAGGACCCUCUGCAGGACGAUGUGAAGGACUCGGAAAUCGCCGCUCUGUCGGAUAAAGAGGCUCCCAGUAACGAGGCUGAUGAUCAGAACCUGGGCGGGAAGCGGCGCGGGCCGCGGACCACCAUCAAGGCCAAGCAGCUAGAAACGCUCAAAGCAGCGUUUGCGGCCACGCCCAAACCCACGCGCCACAUCCGGGAACAGCUGGCGCAGGAGACCGGCCUCAACAUGAGAGUCAUUCAGGUGUGGUUCCAAAACCGGCGCUCCAAAGAGAGGCGUAUGAAGCAGUUAAGCGCGCUGGGCGCGCGGAGACACGCGUUUUUCCGCAGCCCGAGGCGGAUGCGCACGCUGGUGGACCGGCUGGAGCCCGGAGAGCUUCUUCCCAACGGUCCUUUCUCCUAUUACGGAGAUUAUCAGAGUGAGUACUAUGGACCUGGAGGGAACUAUGACUUCUUUCCUCAGGGCCCGCCGUCCUCGCAGGCCCAGACCCCAGUGGACCUCCCCUUUGUCCCGUCGUCGGGACCCACUGGAACCCCUCUAGGGGGCAUGGACCAUCCCAUCCCUGGACACCAUCCGUCCAGUGAAGUACAGCGCUUUUCAGACAUCAUGUCCCACCACCCGGGGGACUCGCCCAGCCCGGAGCCCGGCAUCCCUGGACCCCUGCACAGUAUGUCCUCUGACGUGUUCGGCCCCAGCCCUUCUUUUACCUCACUGUCCCUCAACGGAAGUGGAUACAGCAACCACCUCUCCCACCCCCCGUCGGAAAUGAACGAGGCCACAGUCUGGUAGCCUUCUGAAGGUGGACGUUUCUCUAGAGAGAAAUGAAGGGACAUCAGAAAAGGAAGGGUGGACAGGGGACGCAUUUUUUUUUUGCCAUUCAUAUUUAUUUAUUUUUUUGUUGACGUUUCAUGUUUUUUUGUCUUUAUUUCUUUAUCAUUUUUGUGCUGAGAGAGUAUAAAGAGGUGCAGCAGAGGACAUCGUGGCAGUAGACGUUUACCUUGAUAUUGUGUUGCUGUUCAGUUCUUGUUCUUGUCUCCUCAUCAAAGUCAGAACUCGAGCACACAAAAAGACUCAUUGCUACUGUUGACCUAAUCGCUGUAUGGACUGUGCUGUGAGGUUUUAGCACAGCUGACCACCCCCAACCCCCCCACACCUUCCCAAAGCCCACUGGUUAAACCCUCACUCUCAAAACAAUGAUCGCCACAUAUUAACAGUAUUAGCUACUGUCAAAGACUUUAACUUUACAAAGAAUGGCCCACGGCGGCUUACCUAACGCUUACCUGCGACGUUGACUCCAGGAAAGAUCUGAGCCGUCAGACUAAUUUAUUUAUUUGAAAGCUCCUCAGACCUCUUUGCCUUUCAAGGCUCUGCCAUAUUGACACUUAAACAACCUUUUUGACACUAAAUAUGUUUCUGGAGGCCAGGGAGAGAAAAGGCUGUUUUUUUCCCUCUAUCUGGACAUAUCCUUUUGUUUUUCUGAGAAUUCCACCAAAUCUGACGUUGGCCUUCAAAAGGCAAACAGUAAAUGUUGUAUGGAUUGUGAACCCUUUAUUUAAUGGAAGAGAACUUGAAAUGUUGUUAAAUGAAGUCUACCUUCUAAAAAAAAAAAAUAUUUUAACGAGGGUCUGAAAGGAACUUAGAACAGUCAACUGUUUACGUAAUAUAUUUAAUUCAGGAGUUAAAAAGUAUCAACCAUGUUUUAGAACCUCUUGAUCCAGAUAAAAAAGUUCCAAGCAACCAACCAAACUUUUGUAUCGACUUUAUUUAUAUUGUAUGAAGAAAAAAAAUGAGUUUGCUGGGGUUGUGGUUCACUGUGCUAGUUUGUACAAGAUGUUGUUUACAGAAAAAAAUGGGAAAAAGGAAAAAAAAAAAUCCAAGUACGUAGACAGUUGCCAAAUAAAAACAUAGCACAAAUACUGUAAAAGUGCUUUGCACCAUUAUCUGCAGAACGUGUUGAAACAAAGUGUACGUGUUAAAAAACGAUGAGAAGUAUUUACUUCUGAUUUUUUUUAGUCUGCUGAAAAGAACAUUCAUAAAUUGUUAAUAUAACAUACUUAGACCUACAAGUUUUAUUUUUGUGUCUUUAAAGGAGAAUCCAAACUAUUAAAAUCAAUGGUCAAAUGCGCAGCGAGCAGCUGCUAAUUUCUUUAAAUAUCAAAUUCUCAUGGUAUGUCUUUUAUUGUUCUAAUAAACCUAAGCUUACGUGACCUCCAGUGCAUAUUAGACCAUUCACUGUAUAAAUACGACAUGUUGAACAAAUUUGUGAGUUUUUAAUAAAACUAGAAAAUAUGAAAUUUGGCUGCUAGAUGCUUUUCCUUGGAGUAGCAAAUAUUCUAUUUUUCGGUACAAUACAGUCAGCAUCUACGGUACAUAUCAGGAAAGCCAAAUUGGAUUUGCUUCUUUGCUUCUUCUGUGGAUAUUGACAUUGAGCCAGUGUGUUUGCUUUGUUUUAGGUCAUCACGUUGCAUUAGGCGCUAUCUCUGACUUGGGAGGCAAAUACUGAACCUACGUUUCUCUAUAGAGCUUUGAUUGGUUGUCAACACAUUCAUUUCCAUAGGGAUUUACAUCACAGUGAUAAUACACAUGCAGUAGAGACUUGUUUCUGGUAUUUGGAUGAGAUGUGGUGGAGGGGACUGAACGGCUUGGUGUGUUUAAUGUUCAGAUCCUUGCCAGGAGCGUGAUUUUGGUCUAGCACUAGUAGAAGAAGAAGCAAAAUCCCUGCAAAUAUAACCGCCAAAUAAAUGCCGCCGGCCAGUGUCAGGGUUCCUCAGUGCAGACGUCCAGUAUGCAGUGCUUUAGAUGAAGCGAACGAGAUGAGACGAGAUGAGAUGAGAUGUGUUGUAGGCAGAAGACGAGCUGCUUUGCUUUUAUUAGCGGCUGAUGCAACGCCUGCCUCUCUGACUGCUGCUUUGUGUCUUUGUGAUGGUCAAAGCACAUAACCGUUCACUUCUGAACUAAUCGAUUGGACCACCGAGUCUCACAAUGCGCACACAAAAAGGGGCUGAUUUCCUUUUAUUUUGAUCAUUUCUGAGGUGGCUGAAAAAAACAGCAGUGUUGAAAAUGAAGGUUUCAACAAAGGUUCUUUGGAGCGAUGCUAUGCUAUACCCUUAAACAAAGUGUUCUUUAAGGGUUCUUUAGUAAAUGCAAUGGUUGUACUGUAUAUAGGACUGUGAGGGGUGGCACAAAGAACCAAUUGAAUGCUUAAAUGGUUUUUGUAUGGUAUGAAAAUAAAUCCUUUAUGUAGGCCUAUGACUCAAAAUGGUUCUGUGUAGCACAAAAAAAAAAAGAUUAUGUUAUAAAAAUGAACCUUUCUAUCAGGGCUGCUCAAAAUAUUGUUUUUAGCAUCAUAAUUGCAGGACAUUAAUUAAGUGUUGCAACGUUUUUGCUGUGUGAUGCACAAGAAAAUUCAUUGCAUUGUUUCUAUUUUCAAUAACAUAUAUCUUUCAUUUUACUCAAAUCCUGCAUAAACACGGUGCAUUGUAAAAUCAUGACAUGUUGGGUCACUUACUUUUCAUGCAAGUUCAAGGAUUUCAAUACAUAUACAGCUCUGGUAGUAGUUUUAGUUACUGAAUCUGUUUCUCUGAUUUUGCUAUUUAUAGGUAUAUGUGAGUAAAAUGAACAUUUCUGUUUUAUUCUAUAAACUACGGACCAAAUUUUUCCAGAUUCCAAAUAAAAAUAUUGUAAUUUAAA